UGAAGGCGUCCAACCGACAUGCGGGCCCGUUUUCCAGCAAGCCCCAAGAGUCAGUGAAACACACCGUCUUCUCUCGGGUUGGAAGCGGUGGGUGCACCUGCUGUUAGCGGUAUAAAAAGCGGAAACCCUAGCAUUCGCCGCGAGCUUAUCACUUAUCAUCCCCAUCCGCACCUCUCUCCAUCUCCCUGCUCCUCCGCCUCCUUCUUGAUCCAGCCAAGCCAGGGAUCGCCAUGUCGGACUCGGAGGAGCACCACUUCGAAUCGAAGGCCGACGCCGGAGCGUCCAAGACCUACCCGCAGCAGGCUGGCACCGUCCGUAAGAACGGCUUCAUCGUCAUCAAGAACCGCCCCUGCAAGGUUGUGGAGGUUUCUACCUCAAAGACUGGUAAGCAUGGCCAUGCCAAAUGCCACUUUGUUGCCAUAGACAUAUUCAACGGGAAAAAGCUCGAAGAUAUUGUUCCUUCGUCACACAACUGUGAUGUGAGCCUUCUUACUUCAGAUGGCAACACUAAGGAUGAUCUUAGACUCCCAACUGAUGAGACUCUUGUGGCCCAGAUCAAGGAAGGGUUUGAAAGCGGCAAGGAUCUUGUUGUGACUGUCCAGUCUGCUAUGGGGGAGGAGCAGAUCUGCGCGCUGAAGGAUGUUGGCCCCAAGUAACUUCCCUGCCUUGGAAUACUGUAUCUCAAAACCUAAAUCGAAAAAAGAAGUGUAUCAAGGAUUGCUACAGAGACAUCCAUCUGGCUUGAGCUGGCUUUUGCUAUGGCAAACACAAGUGCAGGGAUCGCUGGGUGUUGCACCGUGUCUGCAUUAUGUGGUUACAUUCUGGACCCUGUAUUUUCUAUGCUUUUAUGCCCCUACUGUUUAGUAUUAAUUAUCAAUAAAUUUGUUUGGGACGGUUGAAUUGCAUGCAUUGCAUGAGGUUUCUUGUUC